GACGAAAACCCGCCGGCGGCAGGGGGCGGAGCAACGGAAAUGACGCUUAGGAGCACCAAUAAGGCGGGUUAGGGACUGGUCUCCCGCUCCCUGCGUAGGUGCUAACAGUUUCCGGUAGCGGUGUCUGGAAGGGGCGGGAGAGGAAUCGGAAGUCGUGUCCGAUGACCCUCGGUACCCGGCAGCCACACCAACAUGAUGGGCAGCGAGGAGUCAGAGCUGGAGUCGGUGGGAGGGGAAGAGGCCGUGGCGGCUCCGGGACCACCCCCAGAACCCCGCACCCCGCACCCCGGAGCCCCAGUUCCUGAACCUGGCCUGGAUCUGAGCCUGAGCCUGAGCCCACGGUCUGACAGCUCCGAGCGGCCGAACUUCAGUCCUGGGCGGCGGAAGGGGCGGGUGGACCGGCGGGGCGGGGCCCGAAAGGGGCGGCAGGUCCGCUUCCACUUGGCCCCGCCCUCCCCAGUCCGGUCCGAGCCGCCGUCGGCCGCCGCCGCACCGAGCGAGAAGCUGCAGGACCUAGGGGCCCCAGCGCAGAGGAGCAGCCUGGCCUUGAGCCUCGAACUGCAGGCCGCCCGAGCCGCAGCCGAGGGCCAGUUCGAUGCCGCGAAGGCCGUGGAGGAACAGCUAAGAAAGUCUUUCCAGACCCGCUGCGGCCUGGAGGAGAGCGUGGCCGAGGGGCUAAAUGUACCGCGCUCCAAGCGGCUGUUCCGGGACCUGGUGAGCCUGCAGGUGCCCGAGGAACAGGUUCUGAACGCUGCGGUGAGGGAGAAAUUGGCGCUGCUGCUGCCGCAUCCCCGAGCCCCGAGCCCAAAGGUGAGGGAUCUGGGCUUGAGUGUACCCCUCCCCACUCCGUGCCUCUUCCCCUCUCUCGCCUCGAGUUUUUUCCCGUCCUCUCCACGUGUAAUCUUGGCUUCCGGCCCCAACUACGAACAGGAGCCACCUGGGCCGAGGCCAGACAUGACCAUCCUGUGUGACCCAGAAACAUUGUGUUACGAAUCUCCACACCUGACCCUGGAUGGCCUGCCUCCUCUCCGGCUUCAGCCUCGUCCCCGGCCCUCAGAGGAUACCUUUCUCAUGCAUCGGACUCUGAGGCGCUGGGAAGCGUAGACCUGGAGGCUCCCUGGAUUGCUAGUUCAUAUUUCCUUGUUAAAACUUAUUUUCAGAAUAAAGUGGUCUUGCUAAAAA